GUAUGUGGGUAUGUGUACUUAAAUGCACAUUUAUGUGUGUGGUUUUAUGUCUGUGUGCGCCUGUGCACAUGUCUGGGUCCUCUUGCCAGAGGCAGAAUCAGAUAUGAGUGGAACGCUGCGGGUUUGGGGAAUAAUGUACUUCACUGCCAAUAAAACAUGAAUACACACAUUCAGACCAGCCAAAUCUUUGAGCUGCACCAAGGCCCCGGGUAGGACACAUACAUGCUCACACACUCACAAACGCAGAAACAGAGGGAGGAUUUUGUGUCUGUGUGUGUGUGUGUGUGUGUGUGUUUUCAGUGGUUGAAGGGGAAAAGAAAAUCUGGGUAAAGCUGUUGGGAGAGGCUCUACAAGAACAAAAGUGGAGGGAAGGAAAGUAUUACACAGAAGAUGAAACAAUACGAAAAGAUAAAGGUGAAAGUGUCAGGCGAGCAGUAUGGGCGCUUGGAGUCGAAUGUGACACUGGCAUGCAAUAAUUCGGAAAUCAGGUUACCUGUGUCGUGGCAUCUCAGCCACAGCGCAGUGUUACCAUGGCAUCAAGUGACACCAAAUGGAAGCUUAGUCCUGCUGCGUGUCAACCAUUCAGCGCAGGGCACCUACAGCUGCUAUGACAACAGUGGGCGGCUCCUCCGUUCUAUAAAACUCAGGCUGGGCCAUCCCCCUGGGCGGCUGACCAUUUCCUGUCAAGUGCCCAAUCACACACAUGUUCGCUGCUCCUGGGUAGAAACUGUAAAGACCUUUCUGCCAGCAGAGUAUAAUGCCUCCUUCAGCAAUGGUAAAGAGUGGAGCCCAUGCAUCGUGGACGUCACCCAGAAGCACUGCGAUGUAGUUCACCCUGCUUUCUGGCAGCCCAUCCAUACCCUUAGAAUCACAGAGACGAAUGCACUUGGGUCUAAGAAUACAACCGCCAGUGUUAAAUUACACGAGCUAUUAAAACCAGACCCUCCAGAGUCAGUGUUGGUGAAGGAACUUGGAGGGUAUCCAAAGAAGCUACUGAUCUCAUGGAGAUUUCCCUCUUCCUGGCCCCAGCAUGAUGCUUUUCCUUUGAUAUUUCAUAUCAGAUAUAGGCCACAGGGCUCUAUGUUCUGGUCAGAGAUUUACUCUUUGGAUAAUUCAGUUGUAAUAUGGGACGCUCUGGCAGGCCACCUUCACCAGGUUCAGGUCCGAACCCGUGAUGAAAUUAACGCGGAGAGCCAGUGGAGUGAAUGGUCUCCUCUGCUACUCGGCAGGCCCUGGGAAGACUAUACCACCCCUGAGCCUGAUGUGGAGCCAGAGGACAUCUUUACUCUCCCAACCAAAUCAAAGCCUGAAGCCUCCACUCCAAAGUCACGGGGUUCUAAACACGGGGAUGAAGGUAAUUUAGGUCUGGUGAUUCUCCUGGUUUUGUUCUCAGUGGUCAUCCUCACCACCAUCUUUUCCCUCAUCUUUGUUGUGUGGAUGAGACAGAGGCGACGUGAUCAUGCCACCAAACAAGAGCUCACCUCUAUGGUCAAGAUGAAGUCCAUCCCAAUCUAAUGUUAAUUUGAAACAUCUUCAACCCAUCAGCCCCUUCUGGGGUUUCACCAGUGUGUCAGCCUGUACCAUUCCCCGCUGUUAACAUGCUGACCGUCCGUAUUUGGCUAUAUUAACCACAGAGCGUCAUUCAAGAGUCCAUCCAGAAUCCAAGGCAGCAGGAACUAACUCAUGUAAAGAGGUUGACAAAGUAAGGUCAUUACCAGUUUAUAUCGGCUGACUGAUGGACAGUUUUUUUGAAAGAUUUCCUUGGACAUAUUCAGUGACUACAAGUGCACUACCCAUAAUGCAACAUGAGACUCCUACCUGCCGUCCAUGGGUAUAGGGACAGUCCUCUUCACUUCAGCAAUGCUCACUACUACACACGACUGUAGGAGCAACACUGCACAGGGACAUAUGAGUUCACUCAUAACCAGUGCUCUGUCAAGUCUCCCCAAACAUUUUUUUUAAACUUUUAAGCAACAAAUAAGGAAAAACAAGUGCAGCUGCCAAACAGGAGCAAAGGGGAACAUUGUUUCUGGAACAACUCGUCACCCAGAACUCCUCACACUCUCAAUCACUGUGAGAGGUAACACAUGUUCAUUCUCACCUCGACUGAUUGACCGACUCAAUGCUGUGAAGGAAGCAACACUUCUGCUAAUUUCUGUGCGUGUCUGAUGCCAAAGAAGCAAUGACGGGCAUUAUGGGCUCAGGUGGGAGGCAGGGAGCAACCUGUCACCUGCUGCUGGCAUGAGGGAGAAUAUGGACAUAGAGAAUGAGGUCCGGGGUUUAAUAGACUUUGUUUCAUUUAUGACAAGUGAUUUUAUGUUGCAUGAUAUCCCUGUUAUGUUGUCUGGCAUAUUAAGUAAAGGUUUUUUUUCUUUUAUUGUAGUUCUUUCUGUCCAUCCAUUCACUGUUUCUAAAUGUGUGCGAAUGAAAGACUCGCAUAAAAGAAAGAGGGAAAGAUACUGGCCUUUCACAGAUCACCAGCAUUAUGAAAAUACAUGGAUUCUUAGUCAUCUAGAGAAUAUUAGAGCAUACAUAUUCAGCUGUUUUGUCAAUGCCAAUAAUGCCAAUAAUAAUAACCCCAGGGUCAUUGUGUUAAAAAAAAUGGGAGUAUGUUUUGUUCAGAUUCAUUAUUAAGUCAAACCAUGAAAUCAUAAGAAAAAGAGGAAAGUAGUAAAUCUGAAGAGCUGGAACUUAAAAUUUAAUUGGAAUAGAUGAAAAUUGUUGUCAUAAACUGACUGGUGUAGUCAGCCUUUUAAAGACAAAAUAUGACAUAAUGAGGCCGUUAAAAAAAGUUUCCUUAUCAUGUUUUUUAUUUUAUUUUUAUUUUUUUAAUAAAUUACAAGAUUAGAGUGAUGUUACUAAUGAAAUGAGGGCAAAGGUUUAGAUCAAAAGGGGCCCUCAAAGGGCCUUUGAGGGGACAAAAGCAAAAAGUGCUACAAAGUAGCUUGCUUUAUUGUAACACGAAACAUGGAAAGUGAUGCAGAAAGUGCUGCAUUUGAUAUCAUUAGGAACAAUGUGUGUACUCGCACGCCUCAUAUCUGUCCAUACACGAGAGAGGUGCAUUCUGGGUGGUUACUACGGUCUUGUUCACCAUAGUAACUAACAUCGAAAGGGGUACGCAGCACUAGGCUUUCACUGCAGUUACUAAAAUGAAUGUAAACGAUGGUUUUAGGAUGCUGAUUUUUCUUGGGGUUUUUGUUUGUUUUUUAGGGGACAUUUGGGGAGAGGAAAUAAACAGCGGGGCAUUGGCACAGAUCGAAUAGUUGCCAUCAACUGCAGAGAUUGUACAAGAACCACCUGCAUCAGCUGUUCAAUUAACCUUUGAGUUUAUGAGGUAGAUCAGUGCAUGCUGGGCGGUGGUGGAGAUGAGCACGCACGCAAUAAACUGACAAGAGUAACCCUCGCUCACUGUACAUCUGUCUCAAAACCCAUCGCCUCACGGAAAACACUCGAUUUCUGGGUGGCCAACACUUAAAAAUACCUCCGAUACAGCUUGUCUGCUUUAGUCCUGCUUUUCACACCUGUGCCUAUAAACCUUGUGUCCUGCUAGCUUUGCACCACAGAUGGAACCGAGAGGCUCUUCUGCUUGAGAAGCAAUUUUUCUUUCUUUCUUUCUGCUGGUUUGGUUGUUACAUUCUGCUCAUCUAAGGCUGUGUAGUUUCUUUUGCUGGCUGUCAUUUCAGAAACACAAGGUGCAUCCAAGUCCAACUUUUUUUUGUUUUUCCCAGUUUGGCAACUGUAUUGUCUCUCAAGCUAGCUCCACAUAUUAUGCAUGGAUCCAGUUGAAGCUUUUUUGUAUAUUAUUGUAUAUCAAACUUUAAAAAAAUGCAUACCUAUGUUAUAUGUGGUGUUUAUAUGUAAGGAAAAAACAUAAUCUUUGGGGUAGAUUGACAGACAUGGUUUAGCUCAGUCUUGUGUUAAGGACAUUUCUUUUUAAUAAAUCUGUCAUUCUACACCAAUAUUACAUAGGUAAAUGCAUUACAUGCUCCCUGUCAAUCACUCUAGGUCAAUACUAAAACUCAUUGGACGAAUUGGAAGUGAAUACAGUGUCAAUGAAGGGAGACUUCAAUAGUAUUAAUAGCCUGAGCUAAGCCAUUUCUUGUGAGUCUUCCCAGCAUUGUGUGUGUGUGUUUUUCCCCCCAGUUAUAUGAAGCUGUGUUACUGUACGAUUACUGUAUGGACAACGUGUUUACUGAGUUAGUCCUUAUCCAAUGUUUAAUUCCUUUUUUUUUUUUUUUAAAUAGAACCACAAAUGGAUGUUUUCUUUUCACUGACACUCUCCUUCCUCCAUUCUUGUGGCAACAUUCACAAAGACAGUGAAAUAUUUAAAAAAUUAUUCACAGAGUCAAUUUGAGAACCCGCCCUUUACUUCCUUUUUAAAUUGUGUUCCAGUAAACUCGGGGCUCUGAUGGAUGCGAGAUAUAAAAGGAUGCAUUCGGAGCUUUUGUACUAGAAUGUGCACACAAAUUUGAUUUUAAUUUCUUCUGUUUUUUGUUUUUGUUUUAAAUAUUACUAUUGGUGCAAUGAAUGUCAUCUUUUUGUCAUUUAAAACAAUCUUUGUAGCUGAAUCUUUGUAUAGUAAAUUCUUUUUCUUAUGCUUGUCUUGUCCUUCCAAGGUCCAGUCAAAAAAAACUUUAAUCAAGAGUGAACCCACUACCUGCUCUCUGUGUGACUUUUAUACUAAAUAUUCAGUUUUAUAAGGCCAAAUUAGGAAUUUAAAAAAGAUGGUAAAUAUAACAUAGAAGCCACUUUGCCAUAAUUACUGGAUUUACAGGUAAUAAAGUUAAUAUUUUUCCAAUCUACACAGUAAUGUAAAAGUGAAAUACCUGUUUUAAAGAUAUUUUUAUGAUAAAUAUUCAAAGUAAACUUUGAUAAAUUGUAUAAACCAUCCAUCAGAUUCAAGUUUCCGGGCACAGUGCCAUAUAUUUUAAAAGGCGCCUAUAAAUAAGAUGUGUUUUUACUAUUACUAUUAUUAUCAUUAUUAUUGUUAUAUCAGUGACUGUUGUUCACCCUGUCUAUUUUGUUUUUAAGGGUUCAAUGUGACAUGUUUUCUGUAAGUGUAUGCCUAUGGAGUUCUUUCUGUCUUUCUUGGUGUUUUUGUUAUUUUUUUGUUUUUUUCUGUGUGGACAAACUUCAUUUACAGUCUGUUCCUCUGCGAUAUGUGACAGUUAGAGGAGCCUGUUGACUUUUAGUUCUCGCAACUCCGAUGAAACUCAGGCAUCCAUUCUCAGAUGUACAUAGUCAUUUUUGUUUCCUCGUGUUCAACAAAUAUCACCAUAAGCUGUUUUUUUUUUUUCUUCCUUCCUGUCCUGGUGUCUGUGAAAUAAAAAAAAACUAUUUUAUCACA